AUGCGCCGGCACAAGAACCCCACAAUAUCAGAUUGGGUAUAUCGUAUCAGGGAAGAGUUUUAUACAAAACAUGGCGAUCAAAUCAAAGCCGAAUUCCAGAGCGACAACCCUCAAUUUUCGGUUACGGAAUCACUUAUUCAAGAAGCCAACCAGGCAAUUCGUGCAGAGAACCAGAAGAACAAGGUAGACAUGGAGCGCGGGGUUAUACCUGAAGGCACAUAUGAUCGUACUUGGAAGCAGUGGCAAGAUCUUAUACACUCAGACUUUGUUAAGGAUUCAACAAAGAAGAAAUGGGAAUAUUUCGAACAGGUGCAAAAGACCUUUCGCCAAUUUAACCAACAGAAUGAACUGCCUCAGGAAUGGAACCUUCCUCGUGAAUUUGCGGAGCAAAAUUUUGGUCCCCGACCAGCCGACUUGGAUGCACAACAAGACUCUGAUUUAGAUUCGGCAAUUGCAUACUCCGAGUCUGAUUCCGAGUCUGACGUCGAAUCAGAGGCUGACCAAGCCCUUGAGGGAUUGGACGCCUUGGAGUCUAGAAUGAGAAAGCAGUACAGCUCCUUGUCACAAGGCAAGGUGCUAUACUGGUGGCCAGUAGGCACUGGUACCCAGGUCUUUGUUCGGUACGGAACUAGAAAAUGUCCGAUCUAUCGGGUCCGAGCAGGCUCUUCGCAACCAUGGGAUGAAUGUGCCACGGAACUGGUCCUGUCGAAGACUCCUGGGAACUCGAAGAUAGUGCUAAAGGAUGGCGGGGGCUCUAGGAGGGAGGUGUGGAAAUAUUCCCGCGCGGACGUUCAGGAUAUUCUUGGCGUGGGUUGGAAGGUCUAUGAUGAUGAUGAUGACAGCAGUGGGAAUGCUUUAUUGGAGAUUCGGCCUAAACAAGAGUAUUAUCCCCACACGAGGAUCCUUAUUAGGUGGAAAUCCGGCCAGACGUCCUUGGAACGGCGGGGAUUCAUGAGACGAAUUACUGCUGGUAGCAGCCUCAAUGGAGACCGGGUCAUUUAUACUAAAGCUCGGGAGAUGGAAACAGCAUACUGGGGUUAUGAUCCUGAGGAUUACAGUGAGGAAAGGUCGACAGACAGCGACUCGGAUUCGUCCACGGCCUACUCAAUAUCCUCUUCUGAUAGCCCUCGAACACGACGAGCUACUGUGUCCCGUUCAAGGAAACGUCGUGGCAAAUCUCAAAAGCCUAUUACUGUUGACUCUGAUACUGAAAAUGACAGCCCUCAUCAUGCCAGCUCUACGAGAAGGAAAGCAAAGGGCAGGAAUAUCGAUAAGCAGAUUAGUCUCUUGACGAAGCAGCUGAAGAAAUUACAGGCUACAAAGCACUGA